AUUUGUGGCCUUCCUUGCCUUCCUAUCUGAUCACUUGUACUCAGAAGAAAGGGAACUCUUUUUCUUCUCGGUUCUACAACUCCCAUGGAGUCUGCUGCUGACCAAAUUUCUGAUAAGCACCAACCCAAAUGGGAAGGCAAAGCUUGUGCAGAAGUAGCAGGCUGCAAAGCAGAACAAGUGUGGCCUCUCUUGGAAGACUUCUUUGGCCUGAACAAGUGGUUCCCAACUCUCACCACCUGCCUUCCUGUCGAAGGUGUUUCCGGCCAACCUGGCUGUAUCCGUUACUGUGCUGGCUUUAAAACUCAUGCCAACAGUGGUGAUGUGAUUAUGAACUGGACUAAGCAAAAACUACUGUCGAUUGAUCCUGAUGAACUCACUUUUAGCUAUUCCAUUAUUGAUGGAAAUGUUGGGUUCAACUCAUAUGUGUCCACUGUUAAGGUGCUGCCUACUCUAGAAGGGUGCAGUAUCGAGUGGAGGUAUGAAGUUGAGCCAGUGGAGGGCUGGACACUGGGGGAUUUGGAUUCUUUUAUUGGAUCAGGUUUGCAGGUCAUGGCUAAGAGAAUGGAAGCAGCACUCAAGGCUGAUGUAGUUCUGGAAGAUGAAGCUACUCUUGAGGUUCCAGUGUGUCAGCACACCAAUCCCCAAUGCUGACUGAUUCUUGUAUGAUUUCUGGGUUGGCCUUUUGGAAGUAUUUUCCUGCUUUUGAAAGUAGAAGUGGCAGAUCGAACAGUCAACAAUUUUCCUUCAGAAGCUUUAGUUUAAGAGUAGUAGUAUUUGGUUUGUAGAUUUGGGAUGCUCUGUCGGUUGGUUUUACCCUACAAAUUGCCAUGCCUAAUUUCUACUUGGUAUUUUCUUCUUGUGUUUAUUUGCAAUAUUGCACUAUAUAUUUCAUGCUAGAAACUUCAAAGUUGAAAUGA